AUGGCCCUGAGCUCCCGCGCCCACGCCUUCUCGGUGGAGGCCCUGGUGGGAAAGGGGAGCAAGAGGAAACUGCCGCAGGGCCCGGAGGAGGGACGGCGGGACUCCCCUGGGCGGGACCCUGUGCGGGACCCUGUGCGGGACGCUGUGCGGGAGCCGCAGCGGGAUCGCUCUCUGGGGAGACAAGGCGAGGAAGAGGAGAGACCUAAGGCGGAGAGCUCGACGGCCGCGGUGGCCAACGGGGGCGAGGAGCGGGAGGACAUCCAGAUGGAGCUGCAGGGGUCGGAGCUGUGGAAGCGCUUCUACGACAUCGGGACUGAAAUGAUCAUCACCAAAGCGGGCAGAAGGAUGUUCCCGUCAGUGCGGGUGCGGGUGAAGGGCCUGGACCCCGGGAAGCAGUACUGCAUCGCCAUUGACGUGGUCCCCGUGGACUCCAAACGCUACAGGUACGUGUACCACAGUUCGCAGUGGAUGGUGGCGGGGAACACCGACCACUCGAGCAUCACCCCGCGGCUCUACCUGCACCCCGACUCGCCCUGCUCCGGGGAGACCUGGACCCGACAGAUCAUCAGCUUCGACCGCGUCAAGCUGACCAACAACGAGAUGGACGACAAAGGCCAUAUCAUCCUCCAGUCCAUGCACAAAUAUAAGCCUCGUGUGCACGUCAUCGCCCAGGACCGCCGCUUCGACUGCUCCCAGGCCCAGAGCCUGCCUGCCCAGGGCGUCAAAACCUUCUCCUUCCAGGAGACCGAGUUCACCACGGUCACCGCUUACCAGAACCAGCAGAUCACCAAACUGAAGAUCGACAGGAACCCUUUCGCCAAGGGGUUCAGGGACCCCGGGAGGAACAGGGGCGUGCUGGACGGAAUGAUGGACGGUUAUCCGUGGAGACCCCACCUCUCUCUGGACUUCAAGCCUUUCGGCGCUGACCCGUCAGAGGAGGGAACCGUCGGCCUGGCCUCCCCGAGCGGAAAUGAGCAGUCACCCGGAAAACCAGACCCCCGUCAAUGGAAGCUCGGAGCUUGGACCUCCCCUCGCCUGCACCCACAAAGGCAACUUAACCCAGCACCAUCGUUACCAUCAGACGUGGUGCUACAACAGCUCCUCCUGGAGAGCCCACCCCCAGAGAGCUGCUUCUAUUUGGGCAUCACCAUGCCAGCCACGGCCCGACUCCUCACCGCCGUCUCGCGUGAGAGUCGCUCUUCCGACACGGCGGGAGUUGAACGAAGCAGCACGGAAUUUAUACAACUCGGAGGGCAGGAGUCCCGGGCUCCGGGCACGAGCGUCGUCCCGCCGCUCGCCGGCCAUCUGAGGGACGCGGACCAGAGCCAGCUCACGCCGUCUGGUCAGAGGUGGCUGGACGCCUCACGGGGCUACCAGUUCGACGACAACUGGCCAUCCUCCGUGAAGAUUAAAACUGACCCCGGCCCCUGGGCCAUCCCAGUCGGGUUUGGGUCUGGGGUUUCGGACAAACGCGCGCCCGGAGCGGGUUCCCGGUAUUGGAUUUGGGAACUGUCGCCGGCCGACAGUGACCGAGCAUCCGGGGAACGGGCACGGUUUUUCCGGAGGGGGUGA